UCAUAAAUUAAAAGGAAAACCAAAAAAAAUCUUUUAGUUAUCAUCACAAGCAUAGAUCAUAAUUGCUUUUAAGGGUAAAAUUGUAAUUCCAGAAACUCAAUCUCGUCUUCUUCAACGACAGUACGAUCAUCUUCUUCUCAACAUUGAUUUUUAAGGUGGUGUUUGAAUAAAAGGACACGCAUAACAUAACCAUUUGUGAACACACAAGUAACCAACAAUGGGGAACAAAGGCGUUAACCCUUCGUGUAAAAAAGCUUCAAAAUCGAGCAUUCAAGUGAAAAGAAAAUCUCCCGAACUCGGUCUGAACGAGAACUCAAUUCGAAAAAGGAAGAAGGAGAAUAAGGGAGUUGAAGAAGCAAAAUGGUGCCACCAAUGUCAUCAUCAAGACGUUGUGUUCGAGUGCGAAAAAUGCCGGUCUAAAAACUAUUGUAUCGGUUGCAUCACUAGAUGGUACCCCCACAUAUCAAAAGAGGAGUUUGUUAAAGCGUGCCCCGUUUGUUGCAAUAACUGCAAUUGCAAAGCAUGUUUGCGUCGAUUUUCACCUAAAGAUAUGCAGCAGGGGUAUUCUUGCUCCGAACCUAAUAAAAUUAAAUACUCUAAACAAAUCCUAUACGAAGUGUUCCCUCUUGUAACAAGACUCAAUGAAGACCAGCUGAUGGAGAAGGAAAUAGAGGCUAAGCUUAAAGGUGCAUCUAUAUUAGAGUUAGAGUUACAGGAUGCGGAUGUAUUUUGUGACAACUGUGGAUCAUAUUUCUUUGACUUAUAUAGAAGUUGUGCAUGUGGAUAUGUUUUAUGUCUUGUGUGUUGCCGAGAGUUGCGCGAUGGUCAGCUUAAGGGUGGAUGGAAAGCGUGCAUAGAUGGUGGCAUUCCUUGCCCACCAAAAGAUUUUGGUGGUUGUAAUGAUGGGACCCUUGAUUUGAAACGCAUAAUGUGCGUUGAUUGGAUUGUAAAUAUCCUAGAGAAAGCAAACCGGGUAUACAAAAUCGACAAUGGUUAUGAUGAUCCCCAAACCUGUAUGGAAUUCAAUGAGAGUUGUUUGUUUUCUUUGAGUGCUAAAGACAUUCAACCUCAACAUAUGCAACAUUUCCGAUCACGUUGGUCAAAAGGUGAGCCAAUAAUAGUCCAUGAUGUUCUUUCUGCUUCUUCAGGGCUAAGCUGGGAGCCAAUGGUUUUGUGGCGUGCUUUUCGUGACAAGACAAAAAAAGACAAUUAUGACGUGAAUGCAAUUAACUGCUUGGAUUGGAGUAAGGUGACUAUCAAUCUUAGCAAAUUUUGUAAGGGGUACUCUGAAGGUCAAGUUAAAAAGCGGAUUUUGAAGUUGGAGGAUUGGCAACCUUGUUGCUUACAACAAGGAGAAUGGCCAUGCCAUUUUAUUGAAUUUGUUAAAUGCUUGCCUUUUAAAGAUUACACAAGCCCUCAUAACGGCUACCUUAAUAUGGCUGUGAAGUUGCCGGAUCUGUCAUCAAAACCAAACAUGGGUCCAAAGAUGGAUAUUGCUUAUGGAGGCUCUGUUACUAAGCUUCACUAUGAAAAAUCUGAUACUGUGAAUAUAAUGACACAUACAAAUUCUGCAUCAACAACACUUAACAAGACAAAAAUAGUGAAACAAGAGCAUGGUGACCAACAUGAAGUGGGCCCACAAAGUCAACAAGAUGUAGUUGACCCAAUGGAGGGAGUUGCUCUGUGGGAUAUAUUUCAGAGGCAAGAUGUACCUAAAUUGGAGGAAUAUCUAAGAAAGCACUCCGCAAAGUUUAGGCAUACUGGUUGUUCAGUUGAGCAGGUUUUUCACCCAAUACAUGAUCGGACAUUUUACCUUAACAUGGAACAUAAAAGGAAGCUUAAAGAGGAAUUUGGAAUCGAACCAUGGACCUUCAAACAAAAAUUGGGUGAUGCAGUUUUUAUACCAGCUGGUUGUCCUUAUCAAGUGAGAAACUUGAAGUCAAGCACGAAGGUUGAACUCAACUUUAUUUCACCCGAAAGUCUUGGCGAAUGCAUCCGCUUACAAAAAGAACUACGUAUCCUUCCCAACAAUCACAGGGCCAAACAACAAAAACUAAACAUUGGGAAAAUGUUGAUUUAUGCAUUAGAUUGUGCUGUAUCAGAAUUGUCAAGGUUUAUGGAGUCAAAUGGUCCCACUGAAGAUCUUCAUGAUCAACUCACUAAUGUUGCAGCAGACAAUGAUACGAAUGGCUGGAAAUGUGAAUCCGACAAUCCUCAGGAUACCAGCAGUGUGUUCCUUGCUUUAUCACCAUCAAUCGAUCAUCCGCAUGCCACCAUAGAAGAUCCUGAAGGUUUGUGGCGUGGGAUCGCUGUUGGACAGCUAGAAAAGGAGGUGUUACAGGCGGUGGAGGACCGCUAUCCGCAAACAUUUCAAGGGCUACAAAUUCAUCCAAAGCCUCAUUGGCUGUCCACUUUGAAAGCGUUCCAUGAUUUCAUCAAAAGUUUUAUACAAAAAUCUGUGCGUGAAUUGGAAGAGGAUGAGCUGACUAGUCUUGAGACGGAUAUAGAUUUUUUUGAGAUGAUUAAGUUUGAUCUCUCGUGGGCCCGUAACAGGCUACAUAUGGUGAGAAAUCUCAAAUUUGGGAAUGACCCGUUAAGGCUGGAGUUGGUCGAAGCCAGUACGAGGACUGAGAGGGCUCGGGUAGAGUUUGAGAGGGCUCGGUUAGAGUAUGAUAGGGCUAUAGAUGCCCGAAACACGAAGCUUCAUGAGAUGGCACAAAAGUAUGGCUCUGAGUAUGAUGAUGUGUUAAAUGGCGAACUUGGUUUCGGUAUGGUGCCCGGGUAUUAGGUGAUGAGGAUGUUAAAUUUUAGGAGCAGCCGAGCAAUUUAUGAUGUGUUUUGUGUGUGUGUAUAUAUAUAUAUAUAUAUAGGCAUAGUGGUUUAGACAAUGGUGUGUAAGGUUGUGCAAAAACCGUGACUGACUAGUGAUCAACUUGGGGUUUGUUA